AAAAAAGAAAAAGAAAAUGAAUUGAUUCUUCAUAUUGUAUCUUUUCCCUUUUCUCAAAUUUGCAUGAGCUCUCACUUCCAAACAAUUCUCCCUUCUCUCAAUCUCUUCCAUUACAUUACACAUUUGUUCCCAUCCAUUCUUAUAAUUGUAUACUAUAUAAUGUAUGGAUUAUGUAACACUAUUAUCUGCAUUGAGAACUUGCACUAGCUCCAAAUUAUUGAAACAAGGCAAGCUCAUUCAUCAGAGAAUAUUUUCUUGUGGCUUUCAAUCCAACAUCGUUCUCAGCAAAUCCCUCAUCGGAUUUUACUUUUCCUGCCAUGAUUAUGCAUCAGCUGAGCUUGUUUUUCAAACCAAUGAUUGCCCAUUGGAUGUUUCUUUAUGGAAUGCUCUUCUCUCUGCUUACACCAACAAUUUCAGGUUUGUUGAAGCUUUGCAACUAUUUGACCAAUUGAAUUGUAAUUCUUAUGUAAGACCGGAUUUUUAUACUUACCCAGUUGUUCUUAAGGCGUGUGGUGGAUUGGGUAGAGUUAUUUAUGGGAGGAGAAUCCAUAAUCAUUUGUUGAAAACGGGUUUGAUAUGGGAUGUUUUUGUGGGCAGUUCUUUGAUGAAUAUGUAUGCGAAAUGUGAUCAGUUUGUUGAUGCCAUUAAGCUGUUCGAUGAAUUUCCUCAGAGAGAUGUGGGGUGUUGGAAUGCAGUUAUCUCUUGUUAUUUUAAAGAUGGUAAGGCUGAGAUGGCGUUGAAGACGUUUGAUAAAAUGAAAGAGUUGGGUUUUGAGCCUAAUUCAGUGACUUUUACUGUUGUUGUCUCAUCUUGUACUAGACUUUUGAAUUUGGAAAGAGGUAAGGAGGUUCAUAGGGAGUUGAUAGAAAGACGGAUUUUGUUGGAUGCUUUUGUUCUUUCUGCGCUCGUGGAUAUGUAUGGAAAAUGUGGUUGUUUAGAAAUGGCCAAAGAAGUUUUUGAGAAAAUCCCAAGGAAGAAUGCGAUCACUUGGAAUGCUAUGAUUACAGGGUAUAGCUUGAAAGGUGAUAGCAGAUCCUGCAUUGAACUUCUCAUGAGGAUGAAUGACGAAGGAACUAAACCGACUUUGAUGACUUUGACCAGCAUUAUAUAUGCUAGCUCGAGGUCUGUUCAACUUCGGCAUGGAAAAUUUAUACAUGGAUAUAUUUUGAGAAAUAGAAUAGAUGUUGAUAUCUUCAUUGAUGUUUCUCUCAUUGAUUUCUACUUCAAGUGUGGAUACGUUUCUUCAGCUGAAACUAUCUUCAGAACUAUAUCCAAGAAUGAAGUUGUAUCUUGGAAUGUCAUGAUUUCUGGACAUGUCAUGGUGGGUAAUCACAUUCAAGCUCUCCAUAUCUAUGAUAACAUGAAAGAACAUCAUGUAAAACCAGAUGCCUUAACAUUUUCUAGCACCUUAUCAGCUUGUUCACAGCUAGCAGCCUUGGAUAAGGGUAGAGAACUUCACUACUGCAUAAUCAACCAUAAGUUGGAAGCCAAUGAAAUCGUUAUGGGGGCUCUUCUUGAUAUGUAUGCUAAAUGUGGGGAUGUCGAUGAAGCACGCAAACUAUUUCAUCAAUUACCAAAGAGGGAUCUUGUGUCAUGGACAUCGAUGAUCUUUGCUUAUGGAUCUCAUGGCCAGGCUUCAGAAGCUUUGAGGCUUUUUGAUGAAAUGCAGAAGUUAAAUGUUCGAGCUGAUUCAGUUACAUUCCUAGCAGUUUUAUCUGCUUGUAGCCAUGCUGGAUUGGUUGAUGAAGGCUAUAUGUAUUUCAAUGAAAUGGUUGUUCAGUAUGACAUUAAGCCCGGCAUUGAACACUAUUCAUGCUUGAUAGAUCUACUUGGACGUGCCGGAAGAUUACAUGAAGCUUAUGAGAUUCUCCAACGAUCAAAAGAGACUAGGAGCGAUAUCGGAUUGCUAAGCACACUGUUUUCUGCAUGUCUCUUGCACAAUAACUUUGUUUUAGGCAUACAAAUUGGGAAAAUGCUUAUAGAGGUAGAUCCUGAUGAUCCAUCUACUUACAUUCUGCUGUCAAAUAUGUAUGCUUCUGUCAAUAAAUGGGACGAGGUACGUAAAGUACGACGAAAAAUGAAAGAACUAGGGUUGAAGAAAAGCCCUGGUUGCAGCUGGAUAGAGAUAAACCAAAGGAUCCAUCCAUUCUUUGCUGAAGAUAAGUCAAACCCUCUGGCUGAUGGGGUUUAUGAAUGUCUAAACAUUCUAGGUUGUCAUAUGGAGAAGAAUGAACUAGAGCUAUAGUAGAUUAGCAAAAAACCGGAUUAUGCCUGCUUCCAUACAUGUCAAAAGAGCAAUCAAGCUCAUUUCAAGAAACAAUACCACUUGCUCAACAAAUGUGACAAAGUUUCCUCCCAAAGAUCUCCAUUGCCAUUAAAAAUGGUGGCUCAAGUUUUGCUGCUGUAGCUGUUUGUGGUAGGGGCUGUAAAUUUUGCCUACAACUAAAAGUUGGAAUCAUGCCAUUUUCUCAAGUCAUCAGAAAAAGCUCAAUACAAGAGUUGAUCCUCAGGAGGUGUCGUUUGUGAUCGAAGGUAUUCUUUUAGCUGGAAAAUUUUAAUGGUCAAUAGAUUAGUACAAUAUAUCUUUUGUGAUCCUCUUACCAUUACUUUAGACAUAAAUGUUAUUUAUUUUAAAUAUUUAUUGGAUGAAAAUUUCAAAUAUAAUUUCAAUAA